AUGGAGUUGGGCUCAGCUGUCAGUUCAGUGCUUGUCAGCCCCUUGGCAGUUGAUGAUGUUUUUCGUCAUCGUACCGUCCCUGAGGUGCAGGAGCUGCUCCGGCAGCUCCAGCUGCAGCAGGCGAACGACGUGGAGGAGUUGCGGUCCUUAAUCGGAGUCCGUUACCUGUCGUUUCUCGAAGGUCUACCAGAGAUUACCCGCAUGCAGCAAUCAGCUCAAGAGGCUUUAAGUGAUGCCCAAGCUUUUGGCUCUGCGCUACGUCACCUUGCAGAUGCUUUAGGCGGUGCUGCUCCCGAAGGCCGCCAGCAGAACUCAACUGAACCCCAGCAGUUGCGGUUACAGGUGGAGUUGCCGCUACAGAAUAGCACACCGCUAGAUGACUUUCUCUUCUCCUGCGAAGUUGAUGCCUCGACACUUCCGAUUUAUUUUCCUCCCCAUAAAGAUCUGAGAAAUGAAGUAGCUUCCCAACACGAGGUUUACUCCUGCUUGCAGGAGAGAGAAGGUGUGCUCCGUGGGGGCUGCAGGUCAUUUCGAUACUUGCAGCAGCAGCUCUUAUUGAUGCCCUCUCGAGUUUGGGAGGCUGUCAGAUGCCAAAAGUUCCUUGAGGCACUCCGCCUUAUCUGCGUUGAUGGGACAAAAAACGCGUCUUUUGCAAUGGCUGCGGUUCGUGAACUGCAGCAGCAGCAGAGACUGAAGCCGGCCCAGCCGUAUUUGGAACGGCAGCUUUCAGGUUGUUGGGCGUUGGCCCAGCAGACGACUCGCAUCUCACCUUCUCUCACUGUCUCAUUGCGUGCCCUUGCACUUCGUCAGUUGGCGUCUCCUGAAUUACCAUUGCCAGUGGUAGCCGAUGUGGCCGCUGCAGCCACGAUCAUAUACCUGUUAGAAAACAAGCCUUCUGUAGGAGAGGCAUGUGAGGAAGCAGAGAAAGUGGUGAAGGAUGCAGCAGCAAAGUGGCUGCUUGGAGUUUUCUUUUCAGCGCGUGUAGAGUCUCUAGAGGCCAUCUUGGCGAAGAGGAAGAAAGCUGGGAAGAUAAGCGCAGUGACUUCACCGGCCCCUGCUUGUCACGAACGAAGUAACUCUAACUGUAGCUCAAAUACGAUACAGGCAGCAGUUGAUGCAGCUGAGGCCAUGUUGGUGGCUUUCUCAACAUCUUUACAGGCAGCGCAUUUCCUUUUCUCUCCCCUAUCAGCGAACAGCCGUCCUCUGGGGGCCAGUGACAUUUCCAACGUAGGCGCGCCAGCCUCUUCUGAAAUGGCAAACACCUUCGCAGCGACGCUUGCCGCGGAGGGUGCAUUUUGCGAUGUCAGCGAUAUUGACUCUCUCGGUAUCUCAUGGGCACUUCGGGCGCUUCCGGGAGUCUUUGCUGUGUUUGCUGCCCAAACCUGUUGCAGUAACGGCAACAACACGGCGUGGGACCGCUACCCUUGCUGCUGCGAGAACAAGAGUGCAUUGUGCCCUAGAGCGCGAGUGGCCGCCUUUAUUGAGCAGUGGACCAGCCCUUUAAGGGAGCAACUAUCUCUUCUCCCUGCAGAGGACCCUCGGCGAAAUCUCGGAGACAUCCGCUUCUUUUGGUUGCGGCUUAUGGAAAAGCUUAAAGGACGCGGGACACAAUGGCAAUUUCCCACAGGGCCGCUGUUUUUGGUCGGCAAAGUUCCUCCUGACCAUUCCCCCAUUUCCAGUACAUCUUCGCAAGAACAAGACUGGACAAUUUCUGACAAAACUGCCUGCCACUCCACUUUGGCUCUAUUGGGCGCCGUUGGGGAGUCUUGCAUCAACGCCUGCAUUCGCGUCACAGAGAGACGUGUGAGAGCGUUGCCGCUGCUCAGCUGCAACGCAAUAAAGGACGGGAUCUCUGGGACAGCUACGUCGUUGCAGGAGAAAGACAAUUGUUACACACGUGCCUUCGAGAAAGAACUGUGGUAUCAUUUGGUAGAUAUCGCUGACCUGUGCGGUAGAGCGGAAGACCCACAGGAACUCCGAGCUGCUCUACAACUGCGCGCAGCCAUUGCUGCCUCAUUUUUACAGUCUCUGGCGGAAUGUACGACUCCCGAGAAAAAUCAAACCCCCGAAACUAUAGACCGCAGAUACGUGGCUACGAUAUUGUGGACCUCAGCGGCAAAGUUGCAAAAAUCAUGGAAGUGUCACGGAAAAGCCGCAGCUACACCUGCUUUUGACGGCGUAGGAUCUGCUAUCGACAUAUCGGGGGGAGCAAUGUCUUUCUUGCUCGAGCUCAGUCGGCACCUGACAUCUGUGUUACGGAGCCUGAAAGUGGAGAGAAUAUCAGACUCGCCGAUCUUGUCCUUUGCGAUCAAAGCUGUCGCCUCAGAAGCAGUAGCUGAGUUUGCUGCAGCUGCGGUUGCUGAGACAAAGGGCCCGGUUCAGCGACAACGGGAAGGGCAGCAUCUCUUACCAUCGUCCCAGAGCCACUUGUUGCAGUUACUGGUCGACAUUGAGCUGCUAGCUGAGGCAUUAGAUGAGCCGUCUCCGCAGCAGCAGGUUUGUGGGCCUGACGAUGCUAUUGGGACUCUACCCCAGCCACUUCAGAGGGCAAUACAGGCCGGGUUGGAUGGCCGGAGAUGUGCCGAGUCGUUAAGGAACACAGCGGAAGAGGGAAGGAAGUUGCUCCAGCCUGACUGCGAGAAGCUAUUACAGCGACGAUUGGAUACGGGGUUUGCGGCUUCGAAAUCCCUUCUUUGGGUUCUACUUAAUCCAGGCGGCUCUGAAUCAGGCUGCAUCCCAAGUGUCGCGAGCAGCACUAGAUGCGCUGACAACGCCUUUCAGCUGCCACUCCUUGAGCCGCGUGAACGGCUGUCCCUGUUGCCUGUUGCUCCGCUUCCAGCCUUCGAGUCGCUCCUGCGCUCUUCAACAUACGAAGAAUGUGUUGCAAGGGCUCACACGCCCGCUGCACGCAAUGAAAAGGCAGAAGAGGAGCAGCAGCAAGCCCCAAAGGAGGCGCAAAAGCUACACAGACUGCGGCUUGAUGAUGCAGUGGAUUCCGUAUCCCGGGGUUUGCAGUCGUGGCUGAAGAGGGGCUCUUCUGAUUCCGACGGUUCAGGCAUCUUCCCGUCGAGCGGAAUGGAAAGCAAGUCUCUGCAGAUCUACCAGCAAGCCAAGCUGCCGAUUAGCAGCAUGGCUGGCCCUUUCCCCUCAGCCUGA